CACACACACACACUCACACACACACACACACAUCUCUGUUGAGUGAUCUUCAUCAGCAGAACGCUCUCGUCUCUCCUCAGGCCUCCUGCUUCCUCAAACAAGGCAAAUAUAAAGAAGCUGAGGUCCUGUAUAAAGAGAUUCUGACCCGCGCUCACGAGAAGGAGUUCGGAUCUGUGGACGCCGAAAACAAGCCCAUCUGGAUGCACGCGGAGGAGAGAGAGGAGAUGAGCAAGGGGAAGCACAGAGACAACACACCGUACGGAGAAUACGGAGGCUGGUACAAAGCCUGUAAAGUCAACAGCCCGACGGUCAACACCACGCUGAGGAACCUGGGAGCUCUGUACCGCAGACAGGGCAAGCUGGAGGCAGCAGACACACUGGAGGAGUGUGCCACCAGAUCACGCAAACAGAGCAUCUCUGGUCUGGAUGUGGUCCAUCAGACGCGUGUGGUGGAGCUCCUGAGGGAGGACGAGAGCGCUGAGCGCCGGCGCAGCAGAGACAGAGACAGAGACAAGAGACAGAGGAAGCGUGAAGUACGAGAGCAGCUCUGAGGGAGCAAUGAAGUGAGUAUGGCCAUCGAGUG